AAAGGGAGGCGGGGCGCUGAAAUGACAUUUCGGCCCCACCAACCAAGCGUAUUUGCCGAAGCCCCGUUGAUUAGCAGUAAUAAAGCGCUUUUUACAUCCGUACGGGAAGACGGAGCCAUAUAUUCAACCAGAUAGGUGGCAGACCACCUUUCGGGAAAAUGGCGGCGGGUAAUGUCAACCCGUUUAACGUGAGCGAUUCGGAGGAGGAAGCGGAGCACAGGCAGGAUGGCGCUGACACCGAGCGUAGCCCGAGUGAUGAAGCGCAAGGCCACAGCCUCGGUCCCUUUUCCCCGACAGCGUAUCCCGAGCCAACAGUUUUGUUGUCUAGCAACCGAACCAGCCCGAGCGUGGACGGUAUACCUGCAUCGGCCGCUACGGUGGCUGGUAUCGGAACCACGGAAACGCGGGUGUCGGUGGAUGCGAUCGCAGCGCAGCUUCUCCGGGAUCAGUACAUCCUCACGGCCCUGGAGCUGCACACCGAGCUCCUGGAGGCUGGACGGGAGCUGCCCCGGCUGCGGGAUUAUUUCUCCAAUCCGGGCAAUUUUGAAAGGCAGAGCGGCACUCCACCCGCAAGCAAGGAGCAGGGAGUCGGUCCUGGUCAACUUAAUCGUGCUGGCAGCAUCAGUACAUUGGACUCUUUGGAUUUUGCACGUUAUUCAGAUGAUGGCAACAGGGAGUCGGAUGAAAGAGUGGCAGUUCUGGAGUUUGAACUACGAAAAGCCAAGGAGACCAUUCAGGCUCUGCGUGCCAACUUGACACAGGCUGCAGAAUGUGAGAUCCACUCUCAAGAGAGGAAAAACUACAAAUCCAGUCCUGAAAUUCAGGAACCAAUCCGCUCUCUUGAAAAGCGAGCCUUAAACUUUUUAGUAAAUGAAUAUUUAUUAAAAAAUGAAUACAAAUUAACGUCCAUCACAUUCUCUGAUGAAAACGACGAUCAGGACUUUGAGUUGUGGGAUGAUGUGGGUCUUAACAUUCCCAAACCGUCAGACUUGCUCCAGCUCUACAGGAACUCUGGCAGCCUGCCGUUGCAUAAGGAUACCGUGGAUGUGGCCGUCGGUGUUGAUCCAAGCGAUUUUCCUGACGACAGCUAUUUACAGGAACCUGUGCAGCAAACUGAAAGCAUUCAGCAGCAAGAGACAGUUGUUCAGGAGCUGGAAUAUCAGAUCAAUUUGUUGAACAGUGAGAAACAGAGUCUGGCCGAACAGAUUAAGAAGCUCCAAAGUGAUAUCCAGGCUCUUCAAAGGAACGUCUCAUCAGAACCCUCAUCCGUAAUAAUAAACUCAGCUCAGUGUGGAAAAGACCCUCAGUGUGAUAAGACUCCUUUAGACAAUGGACAGUAUUUGGACAUACGGGGUGUCACAGAGACAGAUGACACCCCAGACUCCAACACUACAAAGACCUCAACUUCCACAACAACCUCUACUGACUGUACUGAUGGCACAACUCCUACUACACAACCUCACAACAAACUCAAGCCUAAGAGUCCACAAGUCAAAGGCUCAGUGCUGUUUGAUCAACCCAACAGAAAACUGUCUCCGGCCUUCCACCAAGCUCUUUUGUCCUUCUGUCGAAUGUCUGCUGACAGUAGGCUGGGCUCAGAGGUAUCUCGAAUCGCUGACAGUGAGCAGAGUGUUAUGCUCAUGCUGGGCCGCUGUCUGCCACACAUCGUACCCAAUGUCCUGCUGGCCAAACGCGAGAGAAUGGUUGUGCACCUCUGCAAGGAGCUGAUACCUCUCAUCCUCUGUACGGCUUGCCUGCAUCCAGAACCUAAAGAAAGAGACCAGCUGCUUCACAUCCUCUUUAAUCUUAUCAAGAGACCCGAUGAUGAACAGAGGCAGAUGAUCCUGACCGGGUGUGUGGCUUUCGCCCGCCACGUGGGUCCCACUCGGGUGGAGGCCGAACUUCUGCCACAAUGCUGGGAACAGAUAAACCACAAGUAUCCUGAGAGAAGACUUCUGGUGGCGGAAGCGUGCGGAGCACUGGCCCCUUAUUUACCAAAAGAGAUAAGAAGCUCCUUGGUUCUGUCCAUGCUCCAGCAGAUGUUGGCUGAAGAUAAAGCCGACAUGGUCCGAGAGGCGGUUGUAAAAAGUUUAGGCGUCAUCAUGGGCUACAUAGAUGAUCCAGAUAAAUACUCCCAGGGAUUCGAGCUGAUGCGGCUGUCUCUGGGUGACCCGUCGGAGAGAGUGGUCAGCGCCACCCACCAAGUCUUCAUUCCUGCCUUCGCUGCCUGGUGCACAGAAUUGGGCAACCUACAAUCCCAGCUUAUGCCAUCUCUCCUCACGAACAUCGAGAAACUGCUCAAGCAGGGUGAAUACAGUUUAGAUGAACACAAGCUGCAUAUCUAUCUGUCAGCUCUUCAGUCUCUCAUCCCGUCUCUGUUUGCGGUGCUUCUGCAAAACGCCCCCUUCACCAGCCGAGCCAAACUACAGGGCGACGUGCCACCUAUUGAGGUGACCCGGUUCCCGCGGCCGGCCUCCCCUUUGCAGGACGUGGCUACCAUCGUGGGCAGCCGAGAGCAGCUGGCAGUCCUGCUACAGUUAUAUGACCAUCAACUUCAACAUGAAGGAACUACAGGAUGGGACAGUUUGCUCUGGGUGGUUAACCAGUUUUUACCACAGAUUAUAGAGAUUGUUGGACGCAUCAAUGUCACUUCAUCCACCUGCGUCCAUGAAUUCUCCAGAUUCUUUUGGAGAUUUUGUCGAACGUUAGGGAAAAUCUUUACCAACACCAAGGUAAAACCUCAAUUCCAAGAAAUCCUGCGGCUAUCCGAGGAGAAUGUGGACGCCACAACAGGAAACGGUAUCCUUACCAAGGCAACAGUGCCCAUCUAUGCAACUGGAGUCUUGACCUGCUAUAAUCAGGAGGAGGACCGUAAACUCUUGGUGGGCUUUUUGGAGGAUGUCAUGACCACACUUUCUCUUUCCCAUGCUCCCCUCGACAGUCUAAAGGCUUCAUUUGUAGAGCUGGGGGCAAACCCAGCGUAUCAUGAGCUGCUACUGACAGUGCUGUGGUAUGGAGUGGUCCAUACAUCUGCACUGGUACGCUGCACCGCUGCCCGCAUGUUUGAGCUGUUGGUGAAGGGGGUGAAUGAAACGCUAGUAGCUCAGAGAGUUGUUCCAGCACUUAUCACUCUCUCCAGUGAUCCUGAAAUUUCAGUGAGGAUAGCCACAAUACCCGCCUUCGGAACAAUUAUGGAAACCGUAACGCAAAAAGAGCUGCUGGAGAGAGUGAAAAUGCAGCUGGCCUCAUUUCUGGAAGACCCCCAGUAUCAGGACCAGCAUUCUUUGCACAUGGAAAUUAUCAAAACAUUUGGGAGAGUAGGACCCAACGCAGAGCCCCGCUUCCGAGAUGAAUUUGUUCUUCCUCAUUUGCACAAACUGGCUCUUUGUAAUAACCAGCAGAUGGUGGAGAGUAAGAGAAUUGACAUUGCCACUCAACUAUUUGAGGCUUAUAGCGCCUUAUCCUGCUGUUUUAUUUCUGAAGAACUCAUGGUGAAUCAUUUCCUCCCUGGACUGAAAUGUUUGAGGACUGACAUGGAGCAGCUCUCUCCGGAGCAUGAGGUUAUUCUGAAUUCCAUGAUAAAGGAGUGUGAAAUAAAGCUGGAGAACAAAGGCAUCGGAGAGGCGCAAGGGUCCAUUUCUAUUGCGGCCAGUCUGGUGGGUGAGGACGCAAAGACCAAGUUUUUAAGUAAGAUGGGCCAGUUGACCACCUCAGGUGCUAUGCUGGCUAAUGUUUUCCAGAGAAAGAAAUGAGAGCUGCUCGGUGUGUUUUCCAUGAUCCUUUGCUGCCUGGGAUCAUCUACUUGAAGUCAAUAGUCUGCCUUUGUUUUAUUUGUCUUUGAUAUGUUUUAAAAUAUUUAUGUCUUAAAGUAUAUAUGUCAGCCUCCAAAGAAAUUUGCACUCAUGUUUUUUUUUGUCAUAUUUUUGUUUUAUUUUAGAUGCUUAUUUACAUCACUACUGUUUUUUUUUUAUGUGAACUUUAUGAAAUCGAAACACUGAUUCCUUCCUCGUCCUGUUGUCUCUAUGUAUUGCUGUGUCUCUGGAGAAUAUUUUCUAUAAGUGUGUAAAAUGAUCUGGGGUUUUGUUUCUCUUGUUUUGGAUAUGUUUCAAUCAUAAAUAACUGUAAAAUACAGUGAAUUAAGAGAACCAUACCUAAUAACAUGUAUAUUUGAAAUCAGUGUCAUAAGAUAAUAAAAGGCAAAGACCACUUGUGUACUUAUGUACAACUGA